AUGUCAGCCUACCCCAACACAGGUGUCAGGGUCCUCACCAGAGGCACAACUCACACAGCACUGGAUGGAAUGUUUUACUCACAUAGAAAAGAGACAGAGCAAGUAACACCUCAUGGUGAGGUGGAGAUCAAGGACUUCCAGUACGACAAUGAGGACUCAGAGAUGUAUUUCUACCCCUGCCCAUGUGGGAAUAAUUUUUCCAUCACCAAGGCAGAUUUGGAGAAUGAAGAAGACAUGAUAACAUGUCCUAGCUGCUCUCUCAUUAUAAAAGUGAUUUAUGACAAAGAUCAGGUUAUGUGUGGAGAAACAAUCCCAGCACAUUCCACCAACAAAGAAUUAGUUAAAUGCUGA